ACGAGCGAUACGAGAAAUGCGACUUUUAUUUUGAAACAUCGUUGUUUCCGUAAAGAAGACGACGAACGGCUUGUUGGCCUAAAGACGCAGCUUUUCAGAGCUUCAAAUCCUAAUUUUAAUUUGUGUAGGUGAGAAACAACCAUCACUGCAAGAGCGGCUGUUCUUGGCAGUGCCUGAAAGAUUCUGCUCGACUCAUUUGCCACUUGAGACUUUGACAUGUCCUACAAUCCUCCAUACCGUAAACCGCAAGAUGAUUUCGGCACAAAUCAUGACAUGUACGCCGACUCGCAACGUAUGUAUCACAGAGAGUCUGGUGCUUACAGGUCAAGAACUAGUGCCACGUCUCAAGAGCACAUGGUGUCUCCAACCACAUCGAAACCUUCUGUUCUUCCACCUGGUAAGGCUUUGUCCUUUCUGCACAGCUGUGGAUUAGAUACUGAGGACCUUCAAACUCUUGCUGAACUCCCAGAGCAUCUCAUCUCUGCCGAGAAACUUCCGGAUCUUCUUGCGGAGAUCAAAAAGAAAAAAGCGGCCAAUGCAUCUUCGUCUAGGUCCAGCACACUGCAACACGGUUCAUCGGGUCGCUCCUGGGAGGAUAGGAGCUACACUCAACCGGUUGAGUAUUCAUCUGAUUUGCCUGUUCGUGAGUCAUAUUCCCAUCAACGAGAGCAAGAUCAGACCUGGGAAGACCGGUGGGGAAACGUCAAAACAACUAGCUCGCUAAAACCCGCGUACACCAGUUCUAAAUUGAAUUAUGUGGUCGAGUACAACCAUCUGAAAGACAAGGAUACUUAUUUUGAUAAGCCAUCUUAUGCAGCAGAAACAUCAAAGCAGAAAACUACAGCUGUCUCUCAACAGUCCUACUCUAACUACAGCAGAGACAUCAGUCAACCUUCAUAUCUGACCAGUAGAGAUGCUGUUCAACCCUCACACCUCUCCAGUAGAGAUGCUGGACAGUCCUCAUUUCUGUCCAGCAAAGAUAUUGGGCAACUCUCAAACCUGUCUACCAAAAGUGCUGGGCUACCCUCACUGCUUUCAAGCAUAAAUAUUGCGCAACCCUCACUGCUUUCGAACAGAAAUAUUGUGCAACCCUCACUGCUUUCGAACAGAAAUAUUGUGCAACCCUCACUGCUUUCUAGCAGAAAUAUCGGGCAACUCUCACAACUGUCUAGCAAAAAUGUCGGGCAAUCCUCACACCUUUCUAACAGAGUUAUCGGGCAGCCCUCACAACUGUCUGGCAGAAAUGUUGGGCAACCCGCACGCCUGUCCAGCAGGGACAUUAGUCAACCCUCGUAUUUAUCCAGCCUGUCCAGUAGUGCCACAAGUUAUUCCUCCAUCCAGUCUGGCAGAAACAUAAGUCAACCCUCACACCUAUCCAGCAGAGAUGUCGGUCGCUUUUCGGAUCAACGGAGGGCAGAGACGAUUCAUACGGUGCCAACUAGGAAAGAGGCGUCAGACUUCCACGGGAAAACCCCACCAGUAUUUCCCUAUGCUUGCGUACUCUGCGAAAUCACUGUACUCUCUAACAAGGACUGGUCUUUGCAUAUAAAAGGAGCUCAGCAUGCUAAUAGUCAACUCAGUCUUGUGGAAAGGUAUCCACAGUGGGAUCAGAGGAUCCAAUCAGCUCGCAGGAAUGAUGUACCCUCUGAGAAAGCACAGCUUAAAACCAAAAAUGGCUCCUCUAGUACCCGAAGUGGACUGUCGAGCACUAAAAGUGAAACGUUGAGCAGUAAGAAAAAAGCCGAAAAGGCGCAGUGCACAACGGUGUGCGUAAAGUUCGAAGAGGAGGAAGUGGAUGAAGCUUACCUAAGAAAAUUGCUUGGACAGUUUGGAGCGAUUGUAAAAUUGGUCAUGUUUCCAAGGAUGGCUUUUGCGGACAUGGGUUCAGAGCUCCAGGCAACGGAUAUAGUAAAAUAUUUCAUAGACAACCCGCUAAGGAUCAAAAGCAAACUGAUUGAAUUUUCUCUGUCUGCGCCAUGCAAUUUCUUACAGACUUCACGUGUAGUAAGCUUCUCACCAUUACCUACUGGAGAAGGCGUACAGCCUGAGUUGAUGGCCAUUGCUAAGCGUUUUGGGUCGCUGAAAAAUACCCUGUUUGUGCCAAACCGGGCUUUCAUGGAGAUGGGCACUGCAGAGGAAGCCAGCAAUUUGGUGGAGCAUUAUUCAACCCAUUCACUCAAAAUAAAAGGAAAAACCAUUCAUGUUAGCUUCUCAACUGAGUACCAUACGCUUCGUGAUAAAUGUUCUGAGAAAGAAGAAUCAAGCAGGAGGAGGAGGAGGAGGAGGAGGAGUUUAAGCCCACGAAGAAGAUCCCACAGUUCUCGAAAAGACUCUCCCAGCCCCAAGCGAAGAGAAAGGUCCAGGUCUCAGAAAAGUACUGACUCUAGGAAACAAGAUGAAAGUCGAGGCUCUAAAGAGAGAACUAGAGAGAGCUCUAGACGGGACCGCUCAUCUAGGAGUCACUCCAAAAAAUCUCCCUCAAAAGACAAACAAACUAAGGAGGCUGUUGAGCAGAAAACCGAAGAUAGUAAGAAUCAAUCUGAUAUUGUGUGCGAUGAUAGCGAUCUUGAAGGAGUGGCAGUUAUAGCAGAUGAUUGUGAAGAGCUUAACUCAGAUGAAGAGUUCAUUGAAGUUGAUCAAGACAUUGAGUGUUCUGAUGAAGAGGAUCUGGAUUCCUCAAUGGCUCUAACUGAACAGGAAGUAUCUGAAGACAUCCAAGACGUUAAGGAGUCAGAUGAUAACACAAUACCUUCAGAGAGUGUAUCAAAUGCUACAGUUUUAGAUGAAUCAAGUGACUGUAAAGAGGUGCUCCAGAAUGACCAAGAGCUUCAACAUAACCAAGAUCAACCAGAAGACAAAGUUGAGGAAACUUCAGAGGAAACAAGUCAGUGUAAGGAAUCCCAAGAACUUCAGGAUAACCAAGAAGCACCAAAAGACGAAACUGUGGGAAUUUCAGAUGAAUUAAGUGAUAAGGAUGCAGAAGAACUUCACCAAACCCAAGGAGAACCAAAAGAAGAAACUGGUGAAAUUUCAGAUGCGUCAAACGAGUGUAAGAAAGCUGAAGUGCUUCAACAAAACCAAGAUGCACAAAAAGACGAACAUGAAGCAAUGGAACAGGAUGCAUCAGAUGUCCCGGUGAAUCUAGAAAGCAGCAUCACAACAGAUGAAUUUAGGGAGGAAAUGACAGCUCAAGGUGAUAUACAAGAGGUCUUAACUCCAAGUGCUGAGGAGACGUUUGGCAGGGUCCUUGAAGUAAAAGGUUUCCCUCAGGCAAAGAAAUAUUCAGAAGAUGAUUUGCUGAACAUUGGAAAAAAAUAUGGAGAAGUGGCAGACUGUUGUCUGGUUCGCAGCAAUCGAAAGGUGGAAAAAGCUUUGAUUGAGAUGGUAAAUGCUGCUGAUGCUUCUAAACUUGAAGCUGCGUCUAAACGGCAGAACCUUAAACUUGGUGGCAAAGUCUUGAGGAUAACAGUGUCGGACAUAUACUCCCAAGUGAAAGAAAGAGUAAUCCCUGAAUCUGACUCUGGGAAAGCAGAAGAUGAGAACCUGGACUCAAUCAUGCAAACGUCCAGCGGGAAAGCAGAUGGGGACAUGCAAACGUCCAGUGAAAAAGCAGAGGAUGACAUUCAAACAUUCAGUGAGAAAGCAAAGGAUGACAUUCAAAUGUCCAGUGAGAAAGCAGAGGAUGACAUGCAACCGUCCAGUAGGAAAACAGACAAUGACAUGCAAGCAUCCAGUGGGAAAGCAGAUGAUGACGUACAAACGUCCAUUGAGAAAACAGAAGAUGACAUGCAAACAUCCAGUGGGAAACCAGACAAUGACAUGCAAACGUCAAGUGUGAAAGCAGAUGAUGAGAACCUGGACUCAAUCAUGGAAACAUCCAGUGAUGAGGAGGAACCUUAUGGCAAAGUUCUCAGGAUCAGAAACCUUCCACCAACCGAUAAAUACACAAAUGCAGAUUUUCUUAGCAUUGCAGAACAGUACGGGAAAGUAAAGCGCCAUUGGCUGCUUAGCCCUCAUCAUAUGGGGCUUAUUGAAAUGGAAAAUGCAUCCGAUGCUGAGAAGGUUGUAGCUGCAGCCAACAAGAAUAAAAUUACAAUCGCUGGGAAACAUCCGAAGAUUACUGUGUCUACAAAACAUUCCAGUUUAAAUAAAAGGUAUUUUCUGUAUACACCCACCAUCGAUUCUCAACCAACAUCUGCAGAAUUAGGCAAUGAUAAGGAUGAAUCCAAGACACAACACCUUUCUGACCAGGAGUCCUCAAAGCAGGUUUCUGCCUCUGAUGAAGGACCAGAAGCAAAGACUAAAAAUACUAAUGGUGUGUCAGAGCUAGACACAAAACUAAGUGAUGCAGUGGGGACAGAGUUUAUUCGACCUGUGGUGGGCUACUUUUGUAACUUGUGUAACGUCAUCUAUGCCAACGAAGAAGAGGCUAAGAGUGAACAUUGCAGGACCGUCUUGCACCAUCAAAAGCUUAAGGAACACAUGGACCAAAAAGGUUCAGCAUAAGCCAGCCCAAUCCAGAAGUGACUGAUAAACCAGCAGAAAUAAUAACAUUUUUAGUUCAUUUGCAUUAAUGUGUAUAUUAUAAUUUUUAUUUCCGUAUCAAUAGAAAAAUCUAUGGUUGUCUUAUGUUGUGGUGUCAUAUAUACUUUCAUAUUUAGGAAACAAAGAUAAACUGUUGUAGUUGUAGCCAUAAAGCAUGGACUGUGCAGUGUAUUGUGUUACAUUUAUGGUCUCAUUUGUAAAGGUUAGUUGGUACAUUAGCUUACAUAAAUUAAAAUGCAACAAAUUUUUUUUUUGAAUGUUGGUUAUUACAAAUGUUAACAUACGUUUGAUUAUAAAUGUGUAUUAAUGCUGUAAAAUGUUUACUUAUGUAUUGAACUAAUCUUAACACAAAACCUUGGUGUUAACUAUAUACCAUUUAUAUCACAGUACAAUACAUUUUGCUCAAAUUAAACAAAUGAGCCCAAUAAGGAGUUGCUUUCCUGAUGCGCUUUCUGAGUGAACGGCGGUUGUACGGUGCGCUUGCGCAGUUUCCAUAGGAUUUCAGUUGGCGUCUAACGGAAGCGGGGGGCAUUGUUUCCAAUUUAUGUAAUUGUUUUUAUGGAUAGCUUGUGUUUUUAAUAAAUACAUUGUCAAAAUAAUUUCACUCAAAUAAAACACCUAAAAAAACCAA